AUGUCUUAUCCUCCUAAUAUAGGAAGUGUUGACCUUGAAUCUGUACUUAAUGUUGGUCGCCGAACAUUAUCAUCAAUUGAGGAAACAACUUUACCUUAUCAACAAUAUCGACAUACAGACACAAUUUACUUAAAACGUGAAGGUAAUUCUAAUUCAUUAUUUUCAAUUAAUUCUAAAAUACUUAUUUUUGGUGAUUUACAAUUUUUAUGCAAUAUAUUUGAACGUUAUAAAUCAACUAUGACUGUCUAUGAGAAUUCAAUUGAAUCAGAUUUGAAGAAAACACAUUUAUCAGUCAUUUCUAAAGAAAAUGAAAAUAUUGAUGAGAAUGAUACGAAUGCAUCAACCACUGUUUCAACAAGUCAUGAAAUUUCCACGUCUCCUCAAUCAUCAUCUACAGUAAAAGUACCAAGUAAUUCAAUUAGACGUACAUCAAUAAGUACGUUUGGACGUUCACAAAGAGCUCCGUCAAUAACUGGUGAUUAUUCUGUACAACAUCUCGAAGGUAAACAUUAUCGUUGUAUUGAAUUACCAGAUACGAAUUUGAUUGAAAUUCUUGAAAUACUUCUACGUACUGGUCUAGAACUACUUCAUGAAUCGAAUUAUUAUGAUGAAGAAAAUAUUCUUCAUCAAAAUUUUAUUUUUUCAAAACCACUACCCAAACCACAAACAUCUGGACAAUCAUUUCAUUCAAGACGGCCAUCAUUUCUUGGUACUUAA